AGUUUCCUUUACGCGGCAGACAAAGCUGUAGGCUCAGAUGACUGGGAGUGUGUUCUGAGCAAAGAACUUUUCAAGGGACACAGGGGGACAGAACUCAGAAGCAAAACAGAAAGACAACGAGCAUGGUGGAGAAAGACAGCCAGCUGCAGAAGCUCCGGGAGGGCGUGGAGGACGUCCGGGUCAUCGUACAGAACAACAUCGAGAAAACCGUAGAGCGCGAGGAGAAACUGGCUGACCUGGAUGAGAGAGCGGAAGCACUGCUUAGGAAGAGCGUACGCUUUCAUAAGUCAACGAAGAAAGUGAAAGAAAAGGUGGAAACUAAAAACGCAUGUUUAUCGUGGAAGUACUGGAGAGUUACUGCGGUUAUCAUUGGAGUAAUUGUUCUGGCCAUCAUUAUCAUCAGCCUCAUCGUCGUAUUCUCCACGACAAACGAAGAGAACAAAGACUCGGAUUAAAAGCCAAAAAUAUCAGCGAAGAAUUAGAUAAGCUAUUCGGGAGUGUUUUGUUGUUGUUGUUGUUGUUGUUGUGAGCUAGUGUGUGUUUUCACCAGCAUCAUCAUCAUCAUCAUCAUCAUCAUGUUCGCACCAGCACAAUGGGACUUGUAAACACUUUCUCUUUCAUUUAUACUUUUUUUUAUAUCAUGUGUAAAGCUUUUAUGUGUCUGUAUUUUUACAUAAAGAUGUGUGUAUCUGUGACGGAUAACCUGGGUAAAGGAAUGUAAUGUUUGCUGUUUGGGUCUUAGACACCUACAAGUCAUGUAAAAGGUUUUGUCUUGAUACAGGAGAUAUUUCAGGACACAACCAUGUAAAAUGAAAUUAAAAGCCUCCGGUAUACUGUUAAUAAAAUGUAAUGUGUAAAAUCUUUGAAAUAU